GGAGGUGUAGAAAAUGGCGACGAGGUAUCGGUCGUAACGGACAUCGGCGCUGCUGAGGGAAAGAGACAGAGAUAAAUAAGAGCCAUCCGCAGUCAGUUGUGUUUUCUCUCCCCGUCUCCUUUCAGCUGUUGUGUGCGUGUGCAGUGCGAUAUACUCGUGCGGAUCAGUUCUGUGAUGCCGAGCCGAGGCCCCGUCGCUGUCAUCCCGAGGAGGUGGAGGAUCUGAGAGAGAAGAGUUGAACAUCAGCAGGCAGGCCAAGAGCGUCGCCAUGGGGUUCUGCAGCAAGAGGCAUUUUCUGCUGACGAUAUGCACCCUACAGCUCAUAACAACCAUAGAGCGACAAGUCUUUGACUUCCUGGGGUUUAUGUGGGUGCCGAUACUGGUCAACUUUUUCAACAUAAUCUUUGUUAUUCUUGGAUUUUUUGGAGCCUUCCAGUAUCGACCUAAAUACAUCAUAUCGUACUGCGUGUGGAACGUCCUCUGGCUUGGUUGGAACAUAUUCCUGACGUGCUUCUAUCUCAGCGCUGGAGUCUUGGACAAGAAUAGCGACCUGCUGAAUCUGGGAACUGGCAGUUUCUCCUGGUGGCACGUCAACGGACCAGGAUGCAAGCCCGACCACAAUAAGACUGGACCAGACCAGCUGGAUGUCUACAGGCCUGUUCGCCCGGAUCGAGUGACCGGCUGCGUCUUAGAUUACGAAGUCAUUGAAAUUUUACAUUCGUCGACCCAAUGCCUGCUGGCGGUCAUGGCGGUCAUCGGUGGAAUUUGCCUGAGUCGAGUUUUCAUGGAAGAAGAUGACAGCUUUGACUUUGUCGGAGGUGGUGACUUCGGCAUGGCAGGCCACACGCCGCUGCAUCCCAUGUACGUUAGCUACUCGGCUCUACCGCCGCCCGCCUACACGCCUAACAAACAUUCCGCCGGCAGUGAUAGCUACUACUAUCCCACCAACACGGCCACGACCUCGGGCUCGCAUCGCUCUUCCUCCAACACGCUAAUAUCACCGCUGCCACCGCGACUGCCGCCUAAGACCACGGACGCUUUCAGCAACAAUCAUCAGCACCACCAGCACCAGCACAGCGAGCUGCCACCACCAUUGCCGCCGUCUAAGAAAGUGCAGAAGCCCCCGGCCCCGCCGCCAGGUCGAGCCUCGAUGCUCAUCACCGCGCCACCGGACCCCCGCGCCCGCGUCCUCGAGAAUCCUCUCAACAGCCUUAACUCGAGCCUCCAGCGACAGACGAUCGAUUACGCCGACUACUCGAAUCCUAUAGACCAAUUGCCAACCGUCGAACCGAUCUACCACCAGCGUCGUCCGCUCGACUACGACACCCUCGAGAGCCACAGCCCGAAUCUGAGCUUCAAUCGGCAGCAGAGGUACCAGAGGAAUGCCUCCGGCGCGAGACAGACACCACCCGUGACCUACAGUCCGCUCAUGCGCUCCAGGCAGAUUAAUCGCGCCGGCUCGGGCAACACGGGCACCGGGAGUAGUGGCAGACAGAAUAGGAACUCGUACAGGCCCAGGGUCUACGCGGAUCACAUCAGGGAGCAGCAGCCGCCGCCGCUGCCCGAACCUAGGCUCCGGUCUUUCCACUCGGACCCGCGACUCUCGGUCGAGGAACAAGAGCUCAACGCUGCUAACGCCGGGCAGAGGGACGAUCAGGCCCGGAGACGCGGCGACGGGAGACCGCUAUCGAUGUUCGUUAACAAUUACUACAGCGAAAUCAUUUCUAACGAGCAUGUCAUCGUUAAUAACAUCGAUAUUGAACAUGAACGUAAAAGAAUUCGAACAAUCAGCAAUCCACAAAAUCCAAACUGUAAAAAUCAUUCCUAUGUCUUAUCCACGAAUCCCGCACGUAUCCCAAAAACCACCACCUCACAUCUGGUCGACAAAGACUCAUGGAAUAUUCCCUUUGGAGCAGCAGAGCAAAUUAGAAAAAAGAAGAAGAAGCAACCGCGGCCCUUGUACAGCAUCGAGUACUCGCAGCCGGAGCCACCAGUUGUCCAGGAUGAAAGCGUGUCGCCGAAGCCGAUGACACCGAGACGAGUCAAGAGAAGAUCAGUCAUUUCACGCGACGGCACCAGGAGAUCCACCAACAGUCGACGAAGUUCCGUGAGACAGAGUAGGAGGAAGAAUCCCGUCAACAGAAUCAUGGAACAUCAAGAGAGCCUUUAUGCUAAUACACCGCCGAUCGUUGGGAACUUGACGAACCAGAACGUCAACUCGCUGUCGCAUGGGACGCUCAACUAUGAUAGGAUAUCCGGGCACUGGGACCGAGGAAAUCCGGCACCUCCAAACUGGCAGCCUGACACGAUGAACCUCGCGGCCUCAUCUCCCAACAUCUGGAGCGGCGACCCGAACGCCUACCCAGCCGUUAUCUCUGGCAACCUCGGCGCCUCGACCAAUUGGGAAAGUGCCAGUUCGACUCGUAACUUGGCCGAAUCCUGGCAGCAACCACCUCCUCAGUUGCCUGUCAUUCCUAGCACCGAGAUCGUCAGUCCCAUGCAGUGGCAGGGUCAGAGCAACCCGAGCUUUCAGCAGACAAGCACUCAGAGCUUAAACGGAGAGGAUUUGGAUGACUUGUAUGGUAACAGACCUGCGAGUGCCAGGUCGAGUUACAGUAAUUACCACGGAGUCAGGGCUACGCCACAGGUGCCCAGUAGGACGGACAUCGUCCGGCAGAGUCAGAGGCAGUUUGUUCUCAGUGGGCCGCCGGCUUAUCAGGACACGGUUAUCUGAGAUAAGGAGGCCGCCGAGCUGGUGUCGGUACUUUGAGACUCGAUGUUCCUUGUGUAAUUGUUGUGUUGGGACGAGGGUGUGUUGAGCUUUAAUUAAGAGUUUACUGUUCAGUACAACUCGCUGCAUUUACUGAAAGAACGGAAAGGAACGUUCAAAGUAUCGAUGUCUACUCUGCUUUGCUAUCAUUUUCAAAGAUCGAUCGUGUAUUGGCAGCAUUUGUAAUUCUUUUUGACUGAUCACUGUAUGUAGUUCAUAUUUAAUAACGUGUAUAUUAUUUUUACACGUUUAUCUUAACUUUUGAAUGUUAAAGAAUUAUGCUAUGAUUUUUGAUCCUAUCUUCUGAUGGAUCAUUUGAUGUAAUCUCAUUCUCUGUGAUCCUCUAGAACUGUCGUCGAUUGCGUUCUUAAGGAUUUCUAAUGCUACUUAGAAUGCGCAUACUUUGUUUGAUUCGAAAGGGACUAGCGAAAAGGUUCGUCGUAAUUUAAAACAAGUAUUAACAAAUUUUUUCUAUCUAGAAGGAUGUUGUGAAUUGUACGCUUUAUAUUAUAAUGAAUACUAUUGUGAAAUUGGUAAAAGCCAAAUGUUUACUGUAUAGAAACAAGUCACGAGAGGUACCAGAUUUUGGACUCCGAAAUGCAAACUUAAAAACUUUUAACUAUGAAUGUUUGUAAUGACUUUAUAAAAAUUAUACGAAAUUUUUCUAAUUAGAUGUGAUUUGUAGCUUUGAGAUAGACAGUAGAUUCGUCGGGAGUUCUUCUCUAACUUUUGAAAUAUGUAAUACAUAGACGAGUUGUAGAUAGUUUUCUUUAGCGUAACGUAAGAUAGAUAUGAAUAGAUCUUUAGACAGUCUUUUACGAAAAUAGACUGUAAUUGUUGCUAAAAAUAUUCUUACUACAAAAGUGGACCACCUCUAAACCAAACUAAUGCCUUAACUCUGAUCUCAGGAAUGUUCAAUGAAAUUGCCUUUUUGCAAAGAUGCGGUUUUUCACAUUCACGAUACAAGUUCCACUUUUUCUCGCUCCACAGACACAUGAGUCUAGAAUUUUAUUCGAUUAAAGCCAACUUACGUAUCCUAGUACGUAGCGUUUCGAUCAAAAGUGUUAGCGUAGAAUAUGAUAUUUUAAUUUGUAAAUAUAAAUAAGAUCCAAUGCAAGAAAGCUCAUAGCAGUGCGCCGAUAUGUUCUGUACAAAUAGAGAAUCAAGUUCUUUUAUGUAUUAUACUUGGAAUAUGCUGUUGCUACUGUGCACUCUUUUGCCAUUUUUUAACACGAAGCUAUUUCUUAUUUCAAAUCGAUUGCAUUACGUUAAGCACUUGCUCACGAGAAAUUUAAGAUGCAAUUUACAGUUUCUCGCAAUUGUUCGAAUCUGCAAUACGCGGACACAUUGCAAUAUAUGUAUAGCAGAAGCACAACAGGUCGUUGAAAAAAUAUGUACUGAUUAAUUUCGAAGCGUGAAUCUACAGCAAGCGCUUUUAAUGGGCAAAAUUUUUACAAUUUUGAAUGCUUUUUAUACUUUUAGUAAAGACUUUUUAUUAUGUCUCAUUCAAGACUUUAAGAUCAAAGCCAUUUAUGCCUUCUACAUUUAUACUAUAUUUUAUAAAACAUAAUUUUUAUAUUUGUACAGUCUACAUGCUUAUUUUUAACGGGAUUAAAUAAUACUCAUUACAGCAUUGUUUAAACCUGGGCUAUGUGCCAUCACUAGUACUGUUAUAAUUUGCUUGAAAUGGAAGUUUCAUAGACGCCUAUCAUUGCGCUUUGUUUAUUCUGUGCUUUCUAGUAAUUUUUGUCUUUAAGAGUAACUAACAAGAUUUCGCGAGAUAAGAUUACUGUUGUGCUCCGCUUUUAAGGUCUUCCGAAUCAUGCAUAUCCUGGCGUAAUCAAAAGAAAGCAAGAAAAGAAAAUCUGCAAGUGUGGCUGAGCGUAAGCUACGCGUAACACAACAGAGACAAUUUAAAGAAUGUGGCAUAUAUAUUUAUGUGUAGGCGUCGAGAAAUGCUAACCAAAGUAUUAUGAGUAUCAGUAAAUCGAAAUAUAUUAUAACUUAUAUUAUAGUGAUGUAUUUUCUAGCCUGUUCUGUUUAGACGUAGUUAAAAAAUUAAAAAAAAAACUGCCUCGAUAAAUAUUCUACACGCAAUUGUACAAUUUAGAAUUAAAGUAUUGGCACUUUUAAAAUAAUCAAUUUUAUUAUUCUAACAAAAACUGCCUUGUACUUAAAUUUUGUGUAUUUACUAGUAUGUAAUUUUUUUUCCGUCAUUGAAAAAAUGUGGUAGUCGCCGAUAUCAAGAAGCUAAUAAUUAUGUAAUUAUUUAAUUUAAAAUUUAGUUGAUUAGUCCUAAUUUUGCAGGGUAUAUUUUUCAAUGUUAUUUUCGAAAAAGAAUGUAACGUUAUCUAUUAAGGCAGAAAUUCAAAUCAAAACAAAUCAAAGAUGUAAUUAUUAAGUGUAAUUCGUAUAAAGAUCUCAAAAUUAUUUCUUUUUCGAAAAUGAACUCCGUUAAAGUUCACGCUGAGAUUAUCGGAUUUCUUCGCACAUUUUAUAUUUUUUGUAAAUGUAUAACGAUCCAGUAAUAAUCACAAGACAAUAAUAAAAAUCUCAUAUUGACAUUCGAA